CAAGGAAGAUCACGAACGACGGCAUGUUCAGCUUUACCCAAGGUGAAUCCGGGAUCUGAACGACACCACAGACUUCCCGAAGAGAGCGUCGGGAGAAGAGGUCUGCCUACGCCUGUCCUGGUGGCGAGAAUCGAAGAUGUGGCCAAAGAUGAUCAUUCUCCUGCAAAUGCUGCUUGCUUCGGGUGUGACAGAAGCAGCUAUAACGAUCGAAGCAAUAACACAAGAAGCUGCGUCUUCAUCAAACUGUACAUUCAAUGGGACGACCUAUUCGACGGAAGAAUCGCUCGUGGGCAGUUGCUUGAACCUAAUAUGUGUGGGAGGCACUUGGUACCCAACAGGCUUUUCAAGCAUCACGUGUUCAAUGUGUUCGCUCAGAAACGACCCACAUUUCACAGGAUUCUCUGGCUUUUACUACGAUUUCCACGGCAUCUUAGAAUACUACAUCGCUAUGAAUAUAGAUACAUACGGAGUGACUGCCGACUUUUAUCCGUGCAAUAGUUUUGCUUCUUGUCUGGACAUCAUUACUUACAAAGACAAUGCAGAUACAGUCAUUCAAUUCUACAAAGAAGAUGGGAAUACGAUCUUCGUAAAUAGUGUCCCUUUCCCUGUUACCAAUGCUGUCCGAAAUGUGGUAUCCGCCGGCAGUGUCGUCCACCCGGUCCUUGCAUGGAAACAAGAUGGCUGCAUUCGCAUUGUAGGAACUCGAGGUAUUGCGGUGAGCUUCUGCAUACAUGACAUGUACGUCUGGGCUGAAAACGGCAUCCUCGGAGACCUGGAUGGCCUGUGCUUCGGCGGCCGUAAAUUCGGCGCUGCCAAGUCCAAACACAGCUUCCAAAGACUAGCUGUCUCACAGGGGGAAAUCAACGAGUGGGGCGAAUCGCUACUAGUUUCGGGCAACAAUACCCGGCCGUUUGAAUCCACCGCUGUUCCGGGCGGCAUUACCCGACCGUUUGAAUCCACCACUGUCCCGGUACUUUCCAAUGAAGUGAAUGGCACUUGUGAUAGCGAGACCGAACAAAUGCUCCGUGAUCAGUGCCAGGACCUAUUCAACACUGUGUCUCCCACGGAUGACUUGCUUAACGUUACUGUAGAUUUCUGCGUGGUCGACUUAUGCCUCAUGACGCUGAGCAACGCCACCCAGGACGAGAUUGAUGACUGGAAAAUGCAAAUGGUCGUCAUGCUGGAGAACACAGUGCAAGUCAUCAACCACACUAUCCAAAUUCAAACUACAACACCAGCAGCUACAGUUCAUCCAACAACUGAAGCUCCAACAAGAUCUAAAGCUCCAACAACAGUAACUACAGUUCAUCCAACAACUGAAGCUCCAACAAGAUCUAAAGCUCCAACAACAGUAACUACAGUUCAUCCAACAACUGAAGCUCCAACAAGAUCUAAAGCUCCAACAACAGUAACUACAGUUCAUCCAACAACUGAAGCUCCAACAAGAUCUAAAGCUCCAACAACAGUAACUACAGUUCAUCCAAUGACUGGACCACACUACUGUACAUUCGACGGGAAGAUCUACGCAAACGGAGAAACAAUUGAAAACAGUUGCUUGAUCCUGGUAUGUGCGGCAGGUAACUGGCAGCCGACAGGGCGUAUAAAUAACACAUGUUCAAUGUGUUCAAUCAGAAAUGACCCUCACUUCAUCGAUUUCUUCGCCUGGGCCUUCGACUUCCAUGGCACAGAUAACUACGCAAUCGCAAAGAACGCAGAUUCCAGUGGAGUGACAGCUGACUUUUAUGGGUGCUAUCCCUUGAUUUCCUGUCUGGACAUCAUUACGUAUAAAGAUGAUGCAGCCACAGUCAUCACUUUCAACAGAAACGGCGGGAACACGAUCCACGUGAAUGGUAGCCCUUUCAUCGUUACCAAUGCUGUCCAAAACGUGGAAUCCGCCGGCAGUGUCGUCCACCCGGUCCUUGCAUGGAAACAUAAUAGCAAUUGCAUUCGCAUAGUAGGAACUCGGGGUAUUGCGCUGGCCUUCUGCGGAUGGGAAAUGUACGUCUGGGCUCAAACCGCCAUCCUCGGAGGCCUGGAAGGUCUGUGUCUAGCUGGCCCUACUUUCGACCCGGCCAAUCCUCCGAGUGGCUUCACUAUCCUUCGUGUCCCUCAGGAGGAAAUUAACGAGUGGGGUGAAUCGCUCGAAAUUUUAGGAAAUCACGCCGUGAGACAUGCCAGUAGUAGCAUUAUAAAAAGCUAUUGUGAUAGCGCCUACGAGGAAGAGCUCCUGCAUCUGUGCCUGGACCUUCUCCACGGGGCGUCUUACAACGGACAUCCUGCAAGUUAUGCUUUGCUGCAGGUUACUGCCCAGUUCUGCAAGGUCGACCUGUGCAUCAUGACGCUGACGAACGCGACUCAGGAGGCGAUUGACGAAUGGAAAGUCGUCAUGGUCGACAUGUUGGAGAACACAGUCGAAGUCAUCGUCAGCGCCCUCCCCCCCGGCCUUCCACCAGAUCAUGAGGAGGAACAAGAGAGUGAGGGCUCCAACGGCAUCAAGAUCCGUGUGGUUCAGGAAGUCAACCUGUAGACCAGGCGAAGAGGUGGCGACGUCCCGAGGAAAAGGCCGGAGAUGAAGACUGUCGCGGAGUUUGAUAUCUUUACCAUCUGAUUCCCGCAACCGGAGGGAGACAAAGCGAAAUUGCUUGAUGGAAGCGGAUUGGGAUCUCUUGGCCAUAGCGUUCAUCUGCGGAGUUUAAUGUAAAGAGUAGUGGAGAGUUUAUGAUGUUGAUACGUGAUCAUUGGUUGGGGAAAAAAUGAGUAAUUAAUGAAUUGGAUGGGCUUAUAUAAUUUAUUGGCAUACAUUGGUUGUUAGUUUGAUAAUCUGAGUUUAGUGAUUGGCGACUAUACCUUUUCAGCUAAAAAAGUAUUACGGUGUUUGUUGUUCGAUAUUUUUAGUGUGUAUUUUUUUAGGUUAGCAAACGUUUCACUUGAUUCAUUAACUUUUAGUUUUUCCUUUUUCCAUUGAAAAUUAAUUUGAAAACUCUUAAUUUCUGUCUUUAUUCAUAUUCAUCCAGGAUGGCCUUGGGUAGUAUAUACACAUGUUAAAAAAUAUAUAAAUCUCCUUUUCGUGGGUAUUUUGUGAAAUUUAAAUAAACAGAACUUAAAAUUC